CAGUGUCUUUGCUCGUGUCGUCGUUAGAAUGAAUGGAAAAACGCGAACAAGGAAAUGAUGGGUAUUUAAUGUCAUUCACAUUUAAAAGAAGACGACAAAAUGCCCGACAUAAAGUUACCUACAACGACGUCGGCAUGAUGAAUUCUUGGAGGUGCUUUGGUGCGUCGCUCCCUCACACAUGUCCAGUGUAGACGAGACUGCCUUAUUCUGACCCAGCCCACUGUUCCACAGGCCUCGCUAUCCCAUGGUGCACAGGGGCAGAGAGGGUCAGUGAACAGCCAAGGAACAAGUGACUGUGUCCCCUAUCCCCCAUAAAAAAGCACUUACCCUCUCUCCACUCCCCCCCCUUGGAGCAAGUCUCCAGGCCAUGCCCAAUCUGCUCAAUGCGGAUGCCUCCUUCAGCUCCAAGCAGGAGCUCCUGGACCUUCAGGAUGGGUCGAGUGUCGCUGCUCUGGACACGGCCAGCCCGGCGGAGUCUCAGGACGACACCCCAGCAGGCUCCAGCUCCGGGAGUCCAGGAGUGAAUGGACCAGAAGGCAGGGGUAACGGGGCCACCCUAACCGGACAGGGUUACGGGGAUGUGAGCGAUACCCCGUACGGGAUCAAGUUCAUCCCGACGGAAUCGGACCAACUGUGUGGCUGGGGCGCCCUGACACCGCGGGUGAUCCAGGCCUUCAACACGCCACGCUGGGUGCUCUUCUUCCUCUGUGUGGCCUCCUUCCUCCAGGGCAUGAUCGUCAAUGGCUUCAUCAACACGGUGGUGACGUCCAUCGAGCGGCGCUUCGACCUGCGCAGCUACCAGACGGGCCUGAUCGCCAGCUCGUACGACAUCGCCGCCUGCAUCUGCCUGGCCUUUGUGAGCUACUUCGGGGGCACGGGCCACAAGCCCAGGUGGCUGGGCUGGGGCGUGCUGAUCAUGGCCCUGGGCUCGUUGGUGUUCGCCCUGCCGCACUUCACCACCCCGCCGUACCAGGUGAGUGUGCCGGAGCAGACGGGCCUGUGCUCAGCGAACCUCACCAGCCCCUGCCAGGACAGCAGCAGCAGCCUGUCCAGCUACCGCUUCGUCUUCAUGCUCGGCCAGUUCCUGCACGGCAUGGGGGCCACACCCCUCUACACCCUGGGCGUCACCUUCCUGGACGAGAACGUCAAGUCCAGCUACGCACCUGUCUACAUAGGGAUCUUCUACACCGCAGCCAUCGUGGGGCCGGCUGCUGGAUACCUGCUGGGCGGAUUGUUCCUCAACAUGUACACAGAGACCCACCUGACGACGGAACUCACCCCAGAGAAUCCGCUCUGGGUAGGGGCCUGGUGGAUCGGCUUUUUGGCAGGAGGAGCGGCUGCGCUGGUCAUUGCCCUCCCCAUUCUGGGAUACCCACGCCAGCUGCCAGGCUCCCAGCGCUACGUGGCCAUGCGGGUGUCGGAGGCCCAUCAGCUGAAGGACGGGAGCCAGGAGAGAGCAGCAGACCCCCAGUUUGGAAAGACAGUGAAAGACAUGCCCAGGUCCGUGCUGCUGCUCCUCAAGAAUCCCACCUUUAUCUGCCUCUGUUUUGCUGGCGCGACAGAGGCCACCCUCAUAGCGGGAAUGUCCACCUUCGGCCCAAAGUUCCUAGAGUCUCAGUUCAGCCUCAGUGCCUCCGAGGCUGCCACGUGGUUUGGCUACAUGGUGGUCCCCGCGGGCGGAGGGGGCACGUUCCUGGGUGGCUACAUCGUGAAGAAGCUCAACCUGCGCUGCCGUGGCAUCAUCCGGUUCUGCAUGCUGUGCGCCCUGGUCAGCCUGUUCGCCAUCUUCAUCUUCCUCAUCCACUGCCCUAAUGUGCCUAUGGCUGGGGUGACUGCGCCGUACCACCAAAGUCCCCUCCAGUACCAGCACCAGUACCAAGACCUCCACAAUGGGUCCCAGUUUGAGGGGAACCUGACAGUGGGCUGCAAUGCUGACUGCCACUGCUUGCGGGAGCUUUAUAACCCUGUGUGUGGGGCCGAUGGAGUCAUGUACUACUCACCCUGCCACGCCGGGUGCAGCACAGUCAACCAAUCACUGAGCAGCACCGGGAGACAGGUAUUUUCCGGCUGCAGCUGCGUGAUGGGCAACCUGACGUGGGGGGAGGAGGGUCUCGCGCAGGCAGGGAAGUGCAGCUCCUCCUGCCAUCACAUGCCCGCCUUCCUCACCUUCCUCUUCAUCGUCAUCUCCUUCACCUUCCUGUGCAGCAUCCCUGCCCUCACCGCCACACUCCGGUGUGUCCCAGACAGCCAACGGUCCUUUGGUCUGGGCAUUCAGUGGAUUGUUGUGCGAACGCUGGGUGGAAUUCCAGGUCCGAUAGCGUUUGGCUCUGUGAUUGACAUCUCGUGCCUGCUAUGGCAGGAGCAGUGUGGCGACCAGGGCUCCUGCUACCUCUACCAGAACUCCGCCAUGAGCCGCUACAGCCUCAUCGCUGGGCUCAUAUACAAGGUUCUGGGGACCGUGUUCUUUUUCCUGGCCUGCGUCCUCUACAAGCCCCCACCAGAGUCCCCUCAGAGCAGCUGUGAAAGCACGGACCACGGCGCGGGUGACACAGGGGACCUGCCCGUGAAGGACCUCCCGCAGGAGAUCAUCCCCAAUGUACACGCCAGUCAACUGAAGAAAUCAGAUGAGUGAAGGACCCGUGGACGAAAGUGUGUUGAAAGUGUCUGGAGGCGGGACAGCAGAAUGGUGGAGAAUAUUGGGGGGGACAGCAGCCAAUGAAAAUCUACCGUCUCACUUCUGAGGCCCCACCUCCAGCCCCGGUUCAGCACCACCCUCAAGAGGAUGCUGCUUCAAACAAGGCCGGUGACUCUGCAAGAGUGAAGUGAAGGAGUAACCAUGCACUACAGUAAAAUGGACUGCUGGAAGAAUGCACAUUGCACAUGCUGUUAAAAACCUGUCACUAAGGUCAUUAUAAAACACAAAUUCAUACUUUUAUAUAUUUCUCUUUUUUCAAUUGUAAAGCAACAGUCAUGAAAGUGUAAAACUAG